AUGUCUUCCAGCAAUCAAGGUUACGACAUGAACUCACCACCUUACUCACCAUUCUUUGGUGUGAUGGGAGUAACAUCUGCCAUUUCUUUUUGCGCUCUAGGGGCUGCGUAUGGAACAGCUAAGUCUGGAACGGGAAUCUCAGCCAUGGCUGUGAUGAAACCAGAACUGAUCAUGAAAUCUGUGAUCCCUGUUGUCAUGGCGGGUAUUAUUGCCAUUUAUGGUCUUGUCGUUGCUGUCGUCAUCACACAGGACAUUUCCUCAACAAAUUACACACUUUACAAAAGUUUCCUUCACCUUGGUGCUGGUCUGAGUGUGGGGCUGAGUGGCAUGGCUGCAGGGUUUGCAAUCGGAAUAGUUGGUGAUGCAGGCGUCAGAGGGACAGCGCAGCAGCCCAGGCUCUUUGUGGGCAUGAUCCUUAUACUCAUCUUUGCUGAAGUCUUGGGUCUCUAUGGACUGAUCGUAGCCCUGAUUCUCUCCGUGAAGUAA